AUGAUUUUUAUUAGUACACGUAAAAAAUAUCUAGUUAAACUUUUUUCAUAUGCAUCUGUUAUUACGGUAGUCAUCGUUACUGUGUCGAUUAUACAGUUUCUAAACGAUCAAAAUGGACGAGCAUUUGAAUCAGUAAUUCGAUAUGAUUUAAGAAGAUAUCCAACUGAUUUGAAAUAUAUUCUAUUCUGGAAGCCGUCAAAUGAAAAGCCUCAUUCUCAUUUCAAAGCCAGAUCAAGAUUACCAGAUGGUCAGAGCUUAUUUAUAAAACAAAAUUGCAAAUAUAUUAAUUGUUUCAUAACUUAUGAUAAAAACUUGCUAAAAAACGAUCAUCGCAAUAUAGAUGCAGUGGUUUUUAGUGUACGUGAUAUUCAAAAUGUAUCUCUAAAAGAAAUAAAUUUAACGCGAUCAUUGGACCAAAUAUUUAUAUUUCAUUCAUUGCGUUCUUCAGAGGAAUAUCCAGUGUGUAAUAGAUUUUUCGAUAAUUUCUUCAACUGGACAUGGACAUAUAGGCUUGAUUCUGACAUACCAAAACCUUUUAUAAACAUUUUUAACUCUAAAAAUAACUUAGUAGGACCAAGAAAAGGCAUCAAUUGGAAUCCUUUGAGCUGGUCACAUAAUCACAUAAUGAUAAGAAAAUUCAGAAAAACCAAAGCUGUAGCGUGGAUUGUAACAAAAUGCCAAACGAGAUUAAAAUUUCAAGAAUUUGUUAAUGAAAUGAAAAAGGAGUUGAUGAGUUAUAAUUACUCGAUUGACAUAUAUGGACCAUGUGGAGAUAAACAAUGUCCAAAUGGUCAUUUGAUAAAUUGCUUUAAACUGAUAGAGAAGGAAUAUUAUUUUCAAAUGAUUUUAGAAGACGCCUUUCUUGAUGAUUAUAUUUCAGAGUUGAUUGCGUAUGCAAUGUCGCAUGUGGCCGUUCCAAUUGUUUUAGGAUCCCCGUCCAAUUACGAAAAG